AUAUACAUGAAAAAGCCACAACCUCCAAGAAUCAUCAUCAUUAUCAAGCAAUAUAAUAAAAGCAGCCAACCCCAUGUUCUAGAUUUGUAAUCUUUUGGGUAAUCUAAGUUCUUUUUAUAUAUUUCCACUUUCUAUUAUUUGAUUGGUCUUUCCUAUUGCUUGCCUUAUAACUCAAAACCAGCUUAGAAAAUUUGGAGAUAUUCUGGUCAGAUCUUGCUUUGUUGGAUUGUGGAUUUUGUGUUGAAAAAGAGUUUGAGAAAUGGGAAUGGCAGCUGCAGAUCUACAGUUUCAUGUUUUAGCUGUUGAUGAUUGUUUGAUAGAUAGGAAGCUUAUUGAAAGGCUCUUUAGAAUUUCUUCUUGCCAAGUCACUACUGUAGAUUCUGGAAGUAAAGCUUUGGAAUUUCUUGGUUUACAAGAGCUUGACCAAAAUCAACCUUGUGUCUCUCCUAGCAACCAACAGGAAGUGGAAGUUAAUCUUAUUAUCACAGAUUACUGUAUGCCUGGGAUGACAGGCUAUGAUUUGCUAAAGAAAAUUAAGGAAUCUUCAUCUCUGAGAAAUAUACCUGUAGUCAUUAUGUCAUCUGAAAAUGUUCCUUCAAGAAUUAGUAGCGAAGGGUGGUCAGUUGACCACCCCUUUGCUAGAGGUGGCUUCGACCAUGUCACAAGAUGUUUAGAAGAAGGGGCAGAAGAAUUUUUUCUGAAACCAGUGAGAUUAUCAGAUGUUAAUAAGCUUAGACCCCAUAUGAUGAAAACCAAAUGUAAAAGCCUGCCCCAACAAGAAGCUGAGAAAAUGGUCACAAAGCCAAAACAAGAAUCGAUUGAAAUUGCAAAUGUUCAAUCACAAGCACAAGAGCCACAACAACAAACAGAAUCAGAAACAGUUCAACAGCAGCAAAAAUCACAAGCCAAUAAUAAUAACAACAAGAGAAAGGCCAUGGAAGAAAAUCUAUCACCAGAUAGAACAAGACCAAGAUACAGUAGUGGCCUCACUGCAGUCUAAUCAGGAUCGUCAGCUCGUGCCAUAAGGUGUUUUGGGUGCCAGUGAUAAGCCGGAGGAAGGUGAGGAUGACGUCAAGUCAUCACGCCCUUAUGCCUUGGGCCCCGUCUCCUUUAUGUUUUUGACAGCCGACUCAGUAAAGUCUUUCAAUGGCACGUCUCGGUCCUCUUCCCUUAGCCGCACUGCAGACUAAUCGGGAGUGCAAAUAUGUGAACUUUUUUUUUUCUUUCCCAAUUUGGAAAUUACUUCAGAUUAACCCCUUUUUAUUUCCUUUCUUCACUUUUUUUUAUUUAACAGAGUAGAAAAUGUAGGGGAGUGAGAGAAAAUGAUCCAUCUAAAAUGUAGAUUUUACAUGGGAAAAACUUUCAUCCAGUUUUGUUUUGUUAAUCUUAAGAGGGGAACAUUAGUAUUGCCAAUGUAGAUAGAAAUGUGCUGAAAUUUACUUCUUGUAAAUAGACAAGCAUUUACUAUAGAAGUGGUAUUCUCUUUUAAUUUA